AUGAAAACCACUGCUCUAUUCUUAAUUCUAUUUAUUUUUAUUCAAAAUACGCAAAGCUUGAUACCAGCUAAAUUCCAAUGGAAAAUUAUAGAUUUCGCAUGGGAAAGUCACGCCCGGGACGCCGCACUAGCUUCAGGUGCAUACAUUCCUCAGAACAAUAUGCCUGCAGGAAUAGCAAGAUGGAAAAAUAAACUGUUCAUAACAAUACCUCGUUGGAAAAAAGGAGUACCCUCAUCACUAAAUUACAUAUACAUAAAUGGUAAUCAAACCCAACUACUCAAUCCUUAUCCCAGCUGGGGUGAAGCAUUUGUUUCGGACCGAGCCUGCUGCAUUUCUUCAAACAGUACUGUUGUGUCCGCUUUCCGGAUACACGUGGACAAAUGUGACAGACUGUGGGUUGUGGACAAUGGGGUGUCUGAUAUGACAAGGGAAUUGAAACAGGUAACAGCACCAUCCAUAUUGAUAUUUGAUCUAAAUGAAAACAGAUUGAUACGACGGUAUGUUCUAGAAGAUGAUGUCCUCAGAGAUUCCUCUGUUUUGACUAGUGUCGUUGUAGAUGUAUCUGCUAAGGGGUGUGACAAUUCCUAUGCCUACAUCCCAGACAUGGGUUCAAACGGGCUUAUCGUGUACAGCUUGAAAAGAAAUAAGGCUUGGCGAGUGGAGAAUCAUUAUUUCCAUUUCGAUCCACACGCGGGUGUUUAUAAUGUUGGCGGUAUUAACUUCUACUGGAGCGAUGGAGUCUCUUCUGUGGUUCUAGUGCCCUCGAAAAGAACUUCUGGCUACCGAGACUUGUUCUUCCAUCCAACGUCGAGCACCAAACAGUUCCGCAUAUCAACGAAACUACUGAGAGAUGAAAACGAGCCUAAAGAGAACAUAUUUAGUGGAGCUGAGGUUUUGGGAGAUAGAGGCCCGCUGUCUCAAGCCACAGCGUGCGAUUACGAUGCUAUUAACAAUGUUUUAUUUUAUACGCAGCUAAGUAAGAACGGCGUGAGUUGUUGGAAUCUAGACAGACCUUUGACUGAAGAUAACGUUCCACUCAUCAUAAGCGACUGCACAGUAUUGGAGUUUCCAAGUGAUAUCAAGGUUGACACAGAUUCAAACUUAUGGAUACUAAGCAAUAGACAAUCUCGUUUCCUCUACGAGUCUAUGGAUUUCAAUCAAGUUAACUUCAGAAUAUUAACCGCUCCAGUAAAUUUAAUGAUACAAGGAACUGCUUGUGAUAAAUUGUCUACAGUUGAAAAGGCUCUAAGCUUUAUUAAAAGACCUAAAUCUCACAAGUGAAAACAAAACUUUAACAUAUUGAAAUAAUUCAUAUUGUCUAUGAUUUGCUUUAUGACUGUCAUUAUUUUAAUAGAUAUUUGUUAUUGUAAUUUGCAACUCCAGUACUCAGGUUUUCUAAAUAGAUUUUUGCAUUUUUUGUAAUAGGUUGAAAUAUAUUAAUCACACAAGAA